UUUCUCACUUUUUAAAAAUUGGCCUAUGAAAACAAUGCUUUACCCUCCAUCCAACAUUCCAACCUCUAUAUAUACCCUUUACUCUCUAGGGCAAAACACACUCACAAAUAAAACCUCCCUAAAUUUUUAGGGUCAAAAAAAAAAAAAAAAAAUGGCCAGGAAAAAGCUGAAGCUUGAGUAUAUAACCAAUGACUCAGCAAGAAAGGCAACCUUCAAGAAGAGGAAGAAGGGUCUUCUAAAGAAGUUGACCGAGCUUACCACCUUAUGUGCGGUGGAAGGUUGUUUACUUAUUCACAGCCCUUAUGCUGCACGUACCGAGGCAUGGCCAAGCCGGUCUGAUGCACGUCGCGUGCUUGAGAGGUUCAAGGACCUCUCCCCGGAGGAUCAGGAGAAGAGGAUGUUGGACCAAGAGGCGUAUCUAAGGCAAAGGAUCGCAAAAGCCAAGCAACUUUUGGAGAAGCUAAGAAAAGAUAACAAGGAGAAGGAGAUCACUCAACUCAUGUAUGAGUGUGUGAAUGGUGUAAGAAACCUUGGAGAAUUGAAUUUGGAGGAUAGGAAAGAUGUUGUUUUGAUGGCUAAGAAGAUGUUAGAGGAGGUUGAUGAAGAAAUUGAAAUUAAAAGCCUUGAGGUUAAUGAAGGAAUUGAUAAUAAUUGAUUAGUAUACAUGAAUGUUUAAUUAAUUAUUUGAGGGAAAAUGCUUGUAAUAGGGAUCCACAUCUAUUUUCUUUGUUAUGUGAUUUACUCACAACUUGUUUGUUAUGUGAUUAUAAUUUAUAUGCAAUGUCCCUAUUAAUUAAAUAUGUAAGGAUUGGAGUAUGAUACUUAAAAAUUAUGAACUAUUUAUAAGUUUUUAUAAUUUCUAAUGGUUUAAUUCUUUUAAUAAGUGUUCAUCUUGCUCUCAAUUUUAUUUCAUGCUCAAAAUUAAAGAUUUUUUUUAUGUCAAUGUAAAAUAUAAUCUAAAGGGCAUACAAAUUGGCAAUAUGGGUGUAGAUUUUUUUUUUUUUUUUUUUUUAAAUUCGUGGUUGUAAGAUGAACUCAACAUAUAUAUAUAACACUAUCGUUGGUGGAAGGAAAUUCGGAGCUGAAUUGAACUGAACUGAUUGAAGCUGAAUUGAACUGAAAUUAAGCUAAACUGAAAGGCCCUAAGUUAUUACUUAAGGGGAUGUCCGAUCCCCCCCCCCCCCCACCC